AUGACCUCUCGCUCCACCCUCUCCCUCACAUCCCUCCUCAUCCCCCUCCUCAUCCUGAGCCUCCACACAAUCCCCACAGCUGCCUCUUCCUGCAUCCGCACCAAUGACGUCGAGCGUUGCUGUCCCGGCACCAUGCGUGGCGGCAUAACCUACGACAAAGAUGGCCUAAAGCCCCAAGGCGUCUGCUGCAUAACCCCAGACAGCACCCUCGAAAGAAGGAAAAUCGACCCUCUCCGCUUCAUCCGCCGCCAGACGCUAGGCACCAACGGCCUGCCCACGGAGUGCGACGAUGGCGAAGUCACCGUCCCCCUGAGCGCCAAGGACUAUGACAAGCAGGUAUCUUCCGUCGUGGCUUCGAUUAGCAGUGAGGCGUCUGUUGCCUCUUCGGCGGAUGUCACUGCUGCUGCGACUGAGAAUGCUCGAACCACUCAGACUGCCACCACGACUCAGGGCGCGGGCACGACUCAGGGCGCAGGCACCAGCCGGCCUGCGAGUCCGAGCUCGACCAUCAGCACUGGGGGUAUGCCCGCGGCGACGGGGCGGAUAUCAUAUUUUGCUGCCGCUGGAGGGGCCGUGGUGGCCGUGGUAGCUGUUGCUGGCGUCUUGUAG